GACCCCAAUGCCCCCAAGCGUGGUCUUUCCGCAUACAUGUUCUUCGCAAACGAUAUGCGUGACAAGGUCCGUGAGGAGAACCCCGGUAUCUCUUUCGGCCAGGUCGGUAAGCAGCUCGGUGACAGGUGGAAGAACCUGAGCGACGCAGACCGUCGCCCCUAUGACGAGAAGGCUGCCGCCGACAAGAAGCGUUAUGAAGAAGAGAAGGCUGCCUACCAGGACCAGGUGCGUGAUGAAAAUAUUCCUCCCCUUACACAAAUUUCCAUGCUAACGGUCUUUGCAGCAAGCUGCCGCCGAUGA